AUGUCCUUACCAGCUACUUUUGACUUGACUCCAGAAGACGCCCAAUUGUUGUUGGCUGCUAACGUUCACUUGGGUUCCAAGAACGUUCAAGUCCACCAAGAACCAUAUCUCUUCAAGACCAGACCAGAUGGUGUUAACAUCAUCAACAUCGGUAAGACCUGGGAGAAGAUUGUUUUGGCUGCCAGAAUUAUCGCUGCUAUUGCAAACCCUGAAGAUGUUGUUGGUAUUUCUUCCAGAACUUACGGUCAAAGAGCUGUCCUAAAGUUCUCCGCCCACACUGGUGCUACCGCCAUCGCUGGUAGAUUUACUCCAGGUUCUUUCACCAACUACAUCACCAGAUCUUUCAAGGAGCCAAGAUUGGUCAUUGUCACCGACCCAAGGUCUGAUGCUCAAGCCAUCAAGGAAGCUUCCUACGUUAGCAUUCCAGUCAUUGCUUUGACUGACUUGGAAUCUCCAUCUGAAUACGUUGAUGUUGCUAUCCCAUGUAACAACAGAGGUAAGCACUCCAUUGGUUUGAUCUGGUACCUAUUGGCCAGAGAGGUCUUGAGACUAAGAGGUGCUUUGGUUGACAGAACUCAACCAUGGUCCAUCAUGCCAGAUUUGUACUUCUACAGAGACCCAGAAGAGAUCGAACUACAAGCUGCUGCUGACGAGGCUGCUGCUGCUGACGUUGACGAAGAAGCCAAGGAAGAAGUCGCUGCUGAAGAGCAGACUGAAGCUGCCGACUGGGCUGAAGGUCAAUCUGAAGAAGUUGCCUCCUGGUAA